CUAUCAUCUCAUCACUGAUUCUAUCAUAGUAGUUGCCGUUGAAACAACCCUCGGGAUUUCACGUAAAAUUCAACCAGAGGAUGUGUAAGAAUACGGUUAUCCCAUGUAUUAUUCAACCCCAAAAGGUCUAAGACGAAUUUCUACCGAUGAUGGAAAGUCUACCGUCUAAAAACCCUGGGUCCCUCAUUCGUAUAGAGGGGCUACACUGCGCCGGUUUAGCAUUCACGAGAAUGUCUCGAGGGUCCAUCAACUAAUUAUUUGUCUGAUUAAUCAUGGCACCACCACCGGCAACCCCGACCCCGACACCACAUCGGUUCCUAGUGCCGAAGAGGUCGCAGCCUAGGAAUGAGACACCUAAGGCAUACCAGAGCGGUGGACAGCAGUUCCAUGCCACGCCGCGGUUCUCACUUUAUUCGACUCCUAGAGGACAAGGAGCAGGAGGCGAGGGUUCAUCGCUUCGCCCGUCUUCUAGUAUUCCCACGCCCGCUCCCGCUUCCGCUAGGAUCGGAGCCGGGACUUACUCUCGGCCCACUCCGCGCACUACUGAUCCUAUCAACGAUAUCUUUGAUAGCUCUCCACCUUUCCCCGAAGAGCAGCAACCGGGUGGUGGUGGUGGCGCCAAUCAUCGCGACCCCAUUGAAGUCCUCGACGUAGACGUAGAUGUAGACACAGACGUCGAUGCUGUGCCCGAGUCCUCGCCAGUGCGAGAAUUCGGCGACACCCAUGAUGACGAAAGCAGUGAAGAAGAGGAAGAUAUACCAAGCCGGUCUCCCAAACGCCGGCGCAUUUCCAUAUCCUCCUCCAAUUUCAGCAGCAAUACCCACGACUCCGCACAACAUGAGGACGAUAACGACAAUGACGGUAACUACGACUAUGAUAACAACGAAAACGAGGACACCAUCAUGCUUGAGUACCCCCCGUCUUCCCCACCCACUCACCACCCAUCAGAUUCCGAUACUCCAGAACCCUCCCUCCCUAGACCCUCUACCUCCGUCCAGCAGCCCACCUUCCAAAAAGCACCCCGGUUCAAACCCAUCGAGGCGCCGGAAGGCGGGCCCCGCUACGGCGACCCGCUCCCCGAUACCUUCUCGCCGCACCGCCGGGGUACCAAGUACAUACCCGGCGGCCUGGCGGCCUCGGUGCGCGACUGGUUCGUCGACGUAUGGGCCGGCGCUGCUGCGAAGCGCGACGGGGAGGGGGAGUGGAUUGCCCGGGUCUUGGUGGAUGGGGUACAAGGGUCGGCGGGUAUGACGCUAGUUACCGGACGGUAUGUGGCGCGGGAGGAGGACGGCGAGCCGAGUGCGGCUGAUGAUGAGAAGGGUGCGAGAAGUGCGAGGGUUGUGCUUGCGGGGAGCCAGAAGCUGGUGGGACUGGAAAGGGGGCUGGAGGUGCGUCCUGGCUCGGUGGUGGGCGUGGGAAGACCGAGUUGGGAGGCUGUGGUCCCGGGACAGGGGCGCUGGGGUGUGGUUUGCGAGUGGGCUGUUUUGAGGUGAGGUGAGGUUUUGAGGACUUAGAUUAGGGCGUGGUUUAUGUGCUGGGGUUGGAAUUUUCUGUGAAUAUGAUCUAAUACUAUUGAAUCCGGUAAAGUGCUAUUUCAUGGUGGUUGUCCUAUGGUGGUGGUGGGAUGUUAUAUUAUAGCUACUAAAUCUACGAUGUAAUCACAACAUAUAAUGAAUAGAUAUCUAGGUAGGCAUAUUCCAUCCCAUAAACUGUAAAAGAAGCUAGUUAGAA